CAAGAAUUGAAUUGAAUGAGUAUAUUAAUAUUAUCUAUAAUCUGCGCAGGUUGCAAGCAACAAACGUGUUUUUGAGUUGAUUUUAAUCACAAUUUUAUGAAUUUAGUUCUGAAAUCUCAAUUGAAGACAAGCAUUUAAGACACUUAGUUUGGGUUACUGCUCGUGUUCUUUCUGCAGGAAAAUAAAUAGUACAUCUUUCAAAUUGCUUCCAAAUGGAUAGCAAGUAUCGCCGUAACGGACGUUUAAUAGACAUUGUGGAUGAGGAAUGGAAAGCCGAAAAGUUGCCUGAUGAAGACAUCCAGGUGCCAUUGGAAGAGUUGCCAGACCCCGAGGCGGAUAACGCCGAUUCGCACUUGACUCUUAAAGAGCAGAGCAUGCGCUGGCAGGAAAACUUCCCAGAACCAGCGAGCAAAACAGAAAAAAUUGCAAAAAAGACCCAUGGUGCUUUAACUAUAUUAAAACAAUUUGGCAUUCAUGAAUGUAACCAUAAAGAACCUGUGUCUGGCUCCCAAUGUAUAUUAUCUAUGGUAGGUAAGAAAAAUGACAAACACUAUAUUCUGGCGACACAGGACAGGGAUUUGCAAGAUAAAAUGCGCUCAAAACCUGGUGUUCCACUGCUUUACCUACAUAAUAAAUCUCCUACCCUUGAAAAACCUUCAGAAACUAGUUACACUAAAGCUGGCCAAACAUUAGAAGCAAAUACAUUCAUGUUUAUUAGUCAAAAUCAGAAUGAGGCUUUGAAAACCAUGAAAAAAACACUUGGUGUUGAAGAAAAGGAAGAAGCUAAUAAAGCAUUACCCAAAAAGAGAAAACACAAAAACCCAAAUCCCUUGUCCUGUAAAAAGAAAAAGAAAAAAUCUGGCUUAAAACAAGAUGAGAAAAGAGAUAAAGUUAUUGAUGGUAGAGUGAGAAAAAGGAAAAAAUCAAAACACAAAAAUGGUGUGCCGCAAACUUUUAUUCAGCUAUAAAUUUAUUAUGUAAUUUAA